GGCUCAAGCAGCCCCAUCUGGGCAGCAGGUCGGGUGCGCGGGGCUCUCGGGCGCGCAGGGCUGGGACGUACUUAGCCAAACUGGAUUUGCCAUGCACUCCACCUCCGUCAUCGGGGAGGAGAACAUUCCCAAGUCUCAGCCGGAGAAUCCGGCCACAGAAAUCGAUCCAGAGGAGCAUGACACAUGGUGCCAGAGAAUGUGGGCAAGAAUGGACCGCAAUCAUGAUGAGAACAUCACCACAGCAGAAUUAGACUGCGAGGAGUUUCGCGCUGUAUUGCGUGGUGUCUUGGCCCCACAGACCAACGCUACAACAGGCGGUUCGCUGUACACACGGGUGGAGAUGAACAUGAAUCAGGCGCUCAAUUUUUGCAUGAGGAAAGCUGAUCUAAAUGACAAUGCCGAGCUGAGCUUUCCGGAGUUCAAGGCCUUCAUGCUGUACUUGCGGCAGCACCACGUGAAGAAACACACUGCAGAUAUGAUAUUCUCAUUGUUUGACCUUGAUGGCGACAACUCGAUCACCGAAUCCGAAUUUCGGGAGAUCUACCGGUUCUACUUGGGGCAUAUGCCAAGGGAGGAUGAAUUUCAAAGGGAGUGGGCGCGAAUGGACAUAAGGGGUUUGCAGAAGGUUUCGAAGGCUGGGUACAUCUUGUGGCUGCAGACGUCGCAGAACCCUGUCUUCAAACAGCACGCCCCGACAGAGUCGCGUUCUCCAGAGAGCACCGUGGAGAAGUUGCCAGGACUCACCAGGGGCACGCAGAGCCUCCGCAUGCGUCCAAAGUGGAACCAGCGCUUCAACGCAGGGGCGAACCCCAACCCGAAUAGCCACCCGGGUCAGCGGCAGUACUUCUCCAGACCCCAAUCCCUCCCAGAAUUGACGCGGUACUUCGAUACGCACCGUGGCUUCAAGAACGCCGCAAAGAAGCUCGCCCAGCCUGAGCCAUCAAUGAAGUCAAGGGGUCCUCUGUCGACCGACAAGGGGGGCUUCGAACUGCUCCCAGAACGGUCCUCACCAGCAGGAAGCAUGCGCGACCGCCGCACUGGCAAGGUUCAGAAGUGGAGAGAUGACUGGCAGACUCCCGCGGCUAUCAAGAUGCACUACCAGCCCGGAACCUUGGACUUGCGCUGCCCAGGUCCACCGCCUAAGAACACCCUUCACGAAGAUGACAUCGGAUAGAUGUCUUGCGGCGAACUAAGUGCUACAGAGAGUGAGACACGCGCUUGAGUAGCCUGUGUCGGCACCUGAUGCAACGCAAGUAUGCGAAACAUCAGGCUCGCCCUGUACUGUGCCACGCCAUGCCCGUUUGGGCGGGCAAUUCGCAUCAUGCAUGCAGCGCUCCACGGAUAAUCCGGGUGCGGUGGUUUGACUAGGUCAGGUAUGUAGCAUGGCUUUCCCUCCGAUGCCAUACAACCGAAUCUCCGUCAUCGUUGCCAUGGUCAUAACGUGAAAUUGCCGCCCAGCGGCCAGGCAUUUCUGCGUAUCUUUUCUUAUCCUUAGACCAAGUAAUCCCCAUCGAUGCGAUGGGACUGCCCAAGUCGCUCGCGAUCGGCAUUGCUCAUCUGCGUGUGCAUUGUCCGACUUACUUGUCAUGUGUCACUGUGUUGGUAAGUACUUGUGCGGAUGGCUAGAUCAGCAGGCGCAGGGCGCAGCCUCUUUUGAGCUGUUGUGUUGCAUGGCAGACGCAGCAGGUCGGCAGGCGCAACCGGUCAGCAGACGCAGCCUCUCGACGCAGCCUCCUCUACCCAAUGGUGUUGUGUGAUGGGUUCGCGUGAUUGUGUAAUGGAAUCCGCGCAAAUGCUUGCAAUAUGUGUGCUGCUCGUUGAAGAUGGCAGGAGCCAUCGUCGUACCAUUCCCUGUGUCAUGCGUUACAUCGUGCGCCUGCAAUGAAGAGCAGGGUAGAGCACAGGCAGCGCUGGAAUAGAGACCGCACGUGUCUGCGUGCUCCCUGGCAGGCGCGCAGGGUUCUCGCAGCUGUCCGCGCCAUCCUCGUGUCCGUCGCCGUCGCGAGCACGCCGCACGCGCUCGCUUGGCACGGAGCGCUCGCCCCGCGCUCUGCCAGAGCGACUCGUCGGCACCGUCCUCCCUGCGGAAUCGGCGGCGCGCGCAG